ACAUGUACCAGUGCACUUCAAUACACUGUAGACUACGCAGUCCCAAUUAUUGCGCAUCAGGAUUGUUUCUUGCUGGAUGAAUGAUUGGGGGCGGCAGUCUGGCAGAUGGGUCCAGCUUGUCAUCAGCGGAUACUAAGAGCAUUGGUGUAUUAUGCACACGGUCCCUGGACGGCUGUAGUUUGUUUGGUUGACUUUGUUUCUCCUACAUGCUGUUACAGAUGAACGCUUAAAUUGUAUUCUCUUAGCCCAGGCAUGCUUACAAGGGGUAGUGACCCUGUAUUCGAUCUCAAUCGCUUGGAAAAGCUUGUUUUGGCAGAGUUGCGAGCUACAAAUGCCACACCGAGUUUGUUCUGUGUGGAGCGGAUAUAGGUCAGAUAGAAGAAUCGAAUUUUAGUUCAAAGCAUAACAGAAGGCCAUCAUACUGUUCAUACUGUUUAGUGGCCGAAGAGUCGUUUACAACAUUCGCUCAGGCAAAGAAAGACCUUGCAGUGCUUACUAAAACGGUCAUGUGCUUCAUCGCAUUGCAUCUCCUCACGUUUCUGGCAGCAGUGGUUUCAGCUACUCAUGCAAGUAAUAGUUCACAAGUAACAUGGACGAAUUGCCAUGCGCCAUACGGAAAAAUCAUGAUGACAGCAUUUUUGGAUAACCAGAUGUACGACCAAGCCCGACUAAAUUGCCAGAGUCUUAAUGGAGAUCUUGCCACAGUCCAAUCUACAAUGGACAGGGAAUGUGCCGAUGUAGCACUGAAUAGAGUGAGGGAGUGCAAUCAGUGUACUGCAGUGGGUGCAUGUCAAUGCACUCGUCUCUAUGGCAGCGGAGAUUGCAAUUGUGGUGCAUGGGUGGGCCUUACUGGAUCUAACUUUUCCAAUGGAAAUUUUCAAUCUUGGACGUGGUUUACUCCUCCUUUCAAUGCAACGUCAAAUAUAUUACCCUGGAGACGCGGCAAUCCUGUACAAAAACGUGACUUGUUUCGUGUGACUUACCAUCCUCCAAGAGGAGGCCUUGCGAAUCACGCUGACCAGGCACGUCCCUACCUUUGUCAACGGUAUUAUCCACCAGCGCCGAUUCGACUACUCAUGUCUUUUGGAGGGUUCUAUGACCUGAGAGUUUCCGCUGAAUUGCACCGUGCAACCUACAUGGCUCACAUUACCGAAUACUGCUUCACGUACCGACCAGCGCUCCUGACAGGCGUCAUUGAAAUUGAACUCAGUACAAUGGAUGUGUGUGGCAAAAUGACCCGGGUUUCGCUUAGUCUCAUAAACAACACACUAUAUAUGAUUUCAUCUUACUUGAAAACAGUGGCAGGAUUGAACAGUUCAGCGUCUGGGUGGUACACGUUUGCAACUCGCCCUAAUCCUCCAUCAGGGGUAAUUAUAUAUGGAAUCACGGACACAUAUGUCGAGUUAAAGACUAACGUCACUCCACACGGUAACCUUCCUAUAGUGGGGUCUCUAUACCAAGUUGGACACACGUUGAAAUUUUCAGAAGAAUACAACUCUUCACUACGACAAUCCAUCUACGUGUAUACGAAUUUGAGCUCUGACACAAGCUAUAGGGUCUUCGCACGGAUCCGAAACAAGUACUACUGGAGCAGUUUGUCCAGACCAACAACUAUCAUCACCCUCCCCUCAGCACCUUCAAAUCUCGCUCUGAUUUCCACCCAUAAUGAAAUCAUCGUGUCCAUCAGUGAUACCUACAAGUCAGCAAUUGACAAGUACUGCCUCAUCCUGACUGCAGGAAAUCCUCAGUUAACGACAACUAUCUGUGAUGACACCCGGAAUGUCACAUUCACUGGUGCGACCAGCAAUGCAAUGUACACUGUCAAAGCCUUUGUUGUUACGACGGAUGGGAGGAACAGUGCUGCAUCUAAGGCGUUUAGUAUUCGCACCAAACUGUCCGACGCUGACUCUAUCACAACAAAUGUGUCUCGGAGUGACAAUUAUUCGUCAACGUUUGAUCAGGUUGCGACCAAUCGGUUUGAAAACAAUACCUAUACAAGCAGUGAGGGAACCAGCAGCUCCAGAUCUGCAGUUAUAGGCACUGGUGCCGGUGUUGCUGGGUUGCUCGUACUGGUCACGGCCUUUAUCCUGCUGUGGAAAUUCAAGAUAGCUUCUAUUGCACCUAAACCAGAAGGCGAAAUGGAGCUCAGAUAUCAGUGCCCUUCUGAUGAUCACCCACAUCAUACGGUUCAUAUCACUCCCAUCAGUAUGCAGGCGAAUGAGGCGUAUGGUACCGGUAUAAUCGCUAAGGAUAACGCAUAUGGCGGUGUGGACUUCCGUGGUCACGUGAUGCACGGGGACAACUCUGGAGCGGGUGGGGAGCUGGAAUUAGGGAGCACCGCUCAAGAGCAUCACACUUAUAUCACUCUCCAAUAGCACCUGGAUUGGUAUUACAAUCCUCGUUAGUAGCGUGCAAUGCCCCUACGCCUUCUUUGAUAUGGAGCAGCUUAAUGUGGUGAAUGCAGUCGUUCUUGGCGUUAACUUCUUCCGUGUUUCAUUCUGUUUUAGUCCUAUUUUCUUCCCUUUUGACAGUGGCAUUGAACUAAAAUGCCGAACAUCGUUACCUACACAGGUUCUCUUUGCAGUUUGACCUGACAAGAUAUUACCUAGAUGCUUGCAACUCAUACCACCAAUAUAAUAAGUACACUUCCAACGUUUCAGUUUUCAGUGUAAAGUAGUUGGAGUUGCUAAUUUUAGAUAAAGUUAUGUUUCGAUUCUUCCUCACAAGCGUCGGUGUUUGCCGUGCCGCUGCACUUUAGCGAUGCACCAUAUCAUUAUGUUCUCAUAUUUUCUUCUGAUUUCUUGUAAUUUGUGCUUCUUUGUUCUCAAUAGUAAAAUUUUGUUCGCGGAGACAGCUUAGAGCCGAAAAAGGUACCUUUGUGUUGUUGAAUGUUUGUAUUCUUAUUUCUCGGAGAAGGCGCAGAGCCCGAACAUGCUGGGGAGAAAAGAUUACAGACAAUUUGCUUUUAAUGUACAGUACCUAUCAUGAGAAUCGUGUACUUCUUUAGGAGUAGUA